AUGGCUGGAGAAGAUAUUGCUGCCGUGAAGGCUUAUCGCCAAUUGGUCCAGGACCUCUUGGACAAGGCCGCAAAGGUCAAGCAAGACUCCAGCAUCGAACCCCCGUUGAACGAGGCGGACCUGGGCGAUGCGAUACGACACAUACAGUCGAAAGAGCAGAGUCCGCAAGCUCAGUAUGCCGUGGUGGAAACUGCUUUUCGCCAAAAAUUUUACGCUCUGCUUGCCACGACAUCGAUUGAUGACCCUUCAUUUAUUCAGAUAUGGAACCUUCUAGAUAUCGUAUCGAUAUUUUCAGACAACGAACAGUGCGAACCCGGUCUUUUCUUCUGGCUCAUUGAGGAGUUGCUGGAUAGUCAAACCAUCGAUGGCUGCCGCAAAGUUUUCGAUUACUUGGAAUCGCGGAGGGAACGCAAUACUACAAAACACUUCAAACAAAAGAGUUUGAUCAUACUACGAUCCUGCAAUGAGCUCCUUCGACGACUUUCACGAGCUGAGGACACAGUAUUUUGUGGCAGAGUUUUUAUAUUUCUCUUUCAGAGCUUCCCCUUAGGCGACAGAAGCUCUGUCAACUUGAGAGGUGAAUUCCAUACCGAAAAUGUGACCACCUUUGACAAGCUCCCCAAGGCUCAAGAGGGCAGCGGGAUCUCGGUGGAUGUGGAUUCCCUUGAGGGGAAAUCUUCCGCAGACAUGAAGAUCGAAUUGUCUGAGGCCGCAGCACAACAAACCAACGGAGAGGCGACUCCUAGUACAGCUGAUGAACACCAGCAAGGUGUGAAAUCGGCCAUACAAAAGACAACGGAACCAGAAGCCGCAUCGGUCCUGACUACAGAUGAGCUCUACCCGAUCUUUUGGAGCUUGCAAACCAACUUCUCUUCGCCGACUACACUGUUUGAUCCCGCCAAUUUUGCAGCUUUCAAAACGGGACUUGAAGCGUCGCUGUCUACUUUCCAAAAGGUAAACACAGAUAUGCAGGUCCGGAUAACAAAAGGAUCGGAAGAAACGCGUCGUGGCCCUAAGCGAAGGCGGAUAGGAGACAGCACAGAAAUGACGAACAGUUUCAAUCCCAAGUACCUGACCAGUCGGGAUCUGUUCGAAUUAGAGGUGAACGAUGUCGCUUUCCGGAGGCACAUUCUUGUCCAAGCUCUAAUCCUUUUGGAUUUCGUCCUUUCCCUCACCCCGAAAGCUAAAGCGAAGCUUGCGGACUCGACAAAUAAGGCAGUUCUGUACAACUAUGUUCUCAGCGACGACGAUGCAAAAUGGGCAUCACAAAUGAAAGCCUCCAUCGCCAGCUAUUUGCAACAAGGUUCAGAAGGCAAAUUUUACUAUCGAAUGGUAGACACUGUUCUCACCCGAGACAAGAACUGGGUUAGAUGGAAAGCGGAGGGAUGCCCUCCAAUCGAGCGUACCCCGGUUUCCAUCCAGGACUAUUUGGAUACGCAGGCCAGUGCCAUAAAAGUGACAACAAGCAAACGACUCAGAUUAACCCCUUUUGGAUCACUAGAUCUCAAUUUCUUAAUGGAAGAUAAAAAUCUCGACAGCGUUGCCCGUCUAAAACAUCCUGAUAGGUUCACUACCCCCGAUAUAGAUUCGUAUCUGCGUGGCGUUGCCGACGAUGAGUUCAAUAUCGACAUGGCCCAAUCACGCGAAGAGAAGGAUGAAGCAAUCAAGGCUAAAGCAAACAAGAUCUGGAGAACGCUCCGUCUUUCUUCUCGGAGUAAACUGGCAUUGUUCGACAAGAUCGAGGACGGAAAUAAUAUCAAGGUUCUUUUUGAGACCCCACCGGCUCCAGAAGAUGCUGCGGUACCAGCAACAAGCAGGCCACAGCUUGCCGUGCAGAAUGGAGUUAAUGGCAAUGGGCAGGAUGGACCUUCUGCUACAGGGGAAGUGAAUGAAUCAAAGGAAAACCAGCGACCAGUGCCCUCUGCUGGAUCAGUGCUGCAGCAAGAUUGA